AUGUCCACCACCAUCGAAAUCAUAGAAGGAUGCACGGAUCGCACCAGUCGCCUGGGUCUCAAGAAGGCGAUGCAGAUCUACGGAGAGAUCGAUGCCUGCCACAUGGGUGACCGAGCCGUGAUGGGCGACAACUUCACAGAGUAUCCCCUGGUGCGGUUCAAGUCGCAGACUGCCGCGGAGAACGCCCUAGCGGCGCUCAAGGCGGGUCAGGUCUACUUAGACGGCAUCCCCCUGAAGGGCGAGUGGCGGGGCGGCACGCGCCGACCCCACCGCGGCAACGAGAAGGAAACUAUGCCGCCGCCUGCACCCGCUGAGGAGACGACGAGCCGCGACCUGAAGCCGGAGAAGACCCGGCGCAGCCCCAGCCGCGCGGAGCGGGCGGAACGGGCGGAGCGGGCGGAGCGCACGCGCCGGAAGCGGUCCCGCUCCAAGAGCCGCAGCAGGCGGAGGCGCAACACCAGCCCACGGAAGGAGAAGGAGAAGGACAAGGAGAGAGAGAAGACCUCGUUGUCCAUCAAUACGCUGGCGGCUCUCCUCGGGUUACCUGAGAAUAAGGACGCGGGCAACCUAGAGUCUCAGUUGUCAGACAACCCCCUGUAUCGGCGAAAAUGA